AUGCAGAGCACUAUCAAGGAACUCCUUGACGCUUUAGGAUGUACUUUGGAAGUGGACACUUUAUUAGAUUAUAUCCAAAACGAUCCAAACUAUGGUAACAGUAAUUUUUCAUCGAAGCAGGUGAACGAAUACGCACAGAGAUUGGCGCUAAAAGCUUCAAAUUCUAAAACAUUUUUAAAAAAAUACGAAGACCUCAAGAGCAAGAACACAGAUAACUUAUCAUAUAUAAUAGCAUUGUUUUAUAAAUUGGUAUGCGAUGAUAAGAAGUCAAAGAUCUCAAAGCCAAAAGUAGCACCAAAGCCUAUACUCGGAGACAACAAACAUCAAAUAACUAAAGAAGACCUUCCUCAGAUUAAAGACAAGCUCCUAAAAGCUGUAGACGAGAGCAAGAAAUUAGUAAUGAAGUCCUUUGAAGAGAAAGAGUCAAAGAUGAGGCCAAACUGGUACAGCAGCCUAGAACUACCUAAUUGGCAAAAGGACCACCCUUCCAUGUCAUGGGACUUCCCUAAAGAACCUGUACCAAUUAUUGCUUCACUAGCUGGAGUCCCAGUGGCUUCUCAGGAGAACAUUAUCAUUGAUGACUUACUGUAUGUCUUCUCUGGAAUUCCUGGGAACUAUAUUGUCCAUCAACCAGUAAAAGAUACAUUUGAUGCAAGGACUUUUCUUAUAUCCGAAGAUUUGGAUGAUGCACUAAAACAAAUUGUUCAACAAAUGCUUCCAUUAGCCUCUAAUUAUUCAAUAGUAAGGAGAUUCAUUGAAAAUUGCAACAUGUGGUCUGGUCAGGUGUUGCAUGCUUUGGUGGCAGCCAUUGAAAUACUUCUAAAAGAUUAUUAUACAAUGCUUGCACAAUUGGAAACUGAAGCAAUGUCUGGCAACCUGACAUUACAGAAACUUUGGUACUUUGUCUUGCCUACAAUGCACACUAUGCAGGUUCUUGCUUCCAUCGUCAGUAAUAUUGGAAAGAGUGAGUUGCGUGGUGGGGCUGUAUUAACAGUGUUACACGAUAAAACAAGUACUUUGAUGGGUGUUGCCAGAGUUCAAGAGAUUUCUUUAUUUCUCACUGAACGUGCUUGUCGGCCCUACCUAAAUAUUUUGGACCAGUGGAUACACAAAGGCACAAUUGUUGACCCCUUCCAGGAGUUCAUGAUUGAAGACAAUGAAUUAAUAAAUAAAGAGGAGCUCCCGGUGGAUUACUCAGCUGAUUAUUGGGAGAAACGGUACAGUGUACAGAAGGACAGAAUACCAGAGUUUCUUGAGAAGUUCACAGAUAUUAUUCUUAGAACAGGGAAAUAUUUAAAUGUUAUAAGCCAGUGUGGUAAUGCCAUAACUAAAACUAAUACAGAAGAAAUAAAAUACUCUUUAAGAGAGCAAAAUUAUGGUGCCAUAAUACAAAAAGCAUAUGCAUAUGCCAGCAAGUCGUUGUUAGAACUGCUACUCAAGGAAUAUGACCUAAUGGGACGACUGAAAUCUGUAAAGAAUUAUUUCUUGAUGAGCCAAGGCGAUUUUAUUGUUCAGUUUAUGGAUGCAACAGAACAGGAACUCUCUAAGAAAAUAGAUGAUAUUAUACCUUCAAAACUAGAAUCUCUUUUGGGACUCUGUUCAAGGUUAUCGGCGGCCAGCCACGAUCCUUACAAUGAAGAUAUGCGUGUUGAACUUCUUCCGUAUGAUUUGCAAUUCCAAAUGUUUAAGAUAUUAUCAAUUGAAACCGAAGAUGAAAAAGAUUAUAAGCAGAACAAGGACUGUCCGCCACUCACUGGUAUAGAAACGUUCUCCUUCGGCAUGGAAGUAAAAUGGCCGGUGUCACUGAUAUUAAAUCAUAAAGCUAUUGCCUGCUAUCAGAUGAUAUUCAGACAUCUGUUCUAUUGCAAACAUGUUGAAAGACUACUUUGCAGGGUAUGGCUUUACAACAAAGUGGUGAAGCGUUUUUCGGAGGCGCGGCUGUACGCGGAUGCGUUUGCAUUGCGACAGCGUAUGUUGAGCUGCAUUCAGCAUCUGCAGUACUAUAUGUGCGUCGAGGUCAUCGAGCCGUCCUGGUGCCAGCUCAUACAGAGCCUUGACAAGAUGAAUAAAAAUGUUAGUAACAUGCAAUUCCGUAUACCGUAUUCGUACCUUGUAUUAACUGAGAUACGCAGUCCUGUUGAAGAUAAUGUUUACAAUGUUUUUAAAGAUAACACUGAAGGUCGUUAUUAA